GCAUGGGCGUGCUCAGGCCCGGGCUGUGCCCUGGCCUCACCCGGGACAUGGUCCAGCUGCUGAGGAGCCGCGGGAUCAGGACAGUGGUGGACCUGGUUUCUGCGGACCUCGAGGAGGUAGCCCAGAAGUGUGGCUUGUCUUAUAAGGCCCUGGUCGCUCUCAGGCGGGUGCUGCUGGCUCAGUUCUCAGCUUUCCCCUUCAAUGGCGCUGAUCUCUACGAGGAGCUGAAGACCUCCACUGCUAUCUUGUCCACCGGCAUUGAGAGCCUGGACAAACUGCUUGAUGCUGGUCUCUAUACUGGAGAAGUGACUGAACUCGUAGGAGGCCCGGGUAGCGGCAAAACCCAGGUAUGUCUUUGUGUGGCUGCAAAUGUGGCCCAUGGCCUGCAGCAGAACGUCCUAUACGUUGAUUCCAGUGGAGGGCUGACAGGCUCCCGCCUCCUCCAGCUACUUCAGGCCAGAACCCCAGAUGAGGAGGAGCAGGCGGGAGCUCUUCAGAGGAUCCAGGUGGUACGUGCGUUUGACAUCUUCCAGAUGUUGGAUGUGCUGCAGGACCUCCGAGGCGCUGUGGCCCAGCAGGUGAGCAGUUCUUCAGGGAUUGUGAAGGUCGUGGUUGUGGACUCGGUCACCGCCGUGGUCUCCCCACUUCUAGGAGGUCAGCAGAGGGAAGGCCUGGCCUUGAUGAUGCAGCUGGCCCGAGAGCUGAAGACCCUGGCCCGGGACCUUGGCACGGCAGUGGUGGUGACCAACCACAUAACCCGAGACAGGGACAGUGGGAAGCUCAAACCUGCCCUCGGACGCUCCUGGAGCUUUGUGCCCAGCACCCGGAUUCUUCUGGAUAUCGGUGAAGGAGCAGGAACAUCAGGCAGUCAGCGCACGGCACGUCUGAUCAAAUCUCCCCGUCUGCCAACAGGUUUCCAGGAGACAGUAGACAUUGGGACCUGGGGAACUCCAGAGCAGAGUCCAGCAUUACAGGAAGAUCAGAUAUGACUGUGCUGUUGAUUGGGAAAGGGAGAGACGUCAAGGCGCCCGACUCUCCUGUGCAGUAAUACCUCCUGUUCCCUGCCACCCAGCCCUUGGGACUGCAGUAGAAGCACUCGGGCUGGGCAGAAGAGACAUCUCCAUUUCCUCAGCUUCUCUCUCUGUGGAAACACAGAGCUACAGGCGAGAGAAGAUGCUAUGGUGGAUGGACCCAGGAAUUCAUGCUGGUGCCAAGUUUUCUUUCCUUGUUUCUACUAUGUAUGUUUCAGUGGGAGCCAAGUUCCCCUUGGCUUGGGGCAUCUCUGAAGAGGCACACUAGUGACUAGAUGACCCUGUGCAUCACCAUUGUACCUGUGCUCCAUCCUUACACAGGGUCUGAGCCAUGAAGCCUCUAGCUUGCCUUUGCUUCUCUUUGUUUUUUUCCAUUGUUUUUCCAUCUGUAAGAUGGGGCUCCCUUUCACUUAGCUCUGUCUGUAAGUUACUGGGUGGAAAGUAACCUCGUAAAUGUAAAACUCUUCUUCAUCUGUGUCGUGCUCUUAAAAAUAUAAAAAGGAAAUUCCCCAAGCCCCAGAGCCACCUAAUUUCCCCCAGAAAGUUGUUUUUCACUUUCCCCCAGUGAGGCCCCAAAGAAUAGUCAUUCCUUUUUCCCUCCCACCAAUUUGGUUGCGCACACCUGCGUGGAUCACCAUGACUAGGUGAGACUGUGAGCUCGCUGCAAUCCCAGGGAUAUGAUUUAACAGGAAAAAAGGAUGUGACCUGCUCCUGGUGAAUCCAGCCACUUGUUUAAUUUGCAUGGUGCCCUGUGGGGCCUCUCCACAGUGUAGAGUAACCAGAGGUGCUGAACCGUGGUCUUGCCCAUAAACACACAGGAGAAUUUGCACAGUAAAUAGAGCCAGCUGGGAAAAUUGAUGCUGGCGUAAAUAAUACAUGGCAAAUCUAGUCCUUUAUGCAGAAAUUCAUUGCCAGUGGCUCCAAGAUGCAAUAUAAUUACCCUUCUCUUCCUGCCAGCUGUACCAUAGCCUAGUGCCCUGGUGUAUGAAAUAAUCCCCCUUUCUGUGACCAGCACUGUGGCCCUCCGUCUGAGAGCUGAAACCCUGGCUGGGAGGGGAGGAGCACACCGGGGAAGGGAUAAUAAAAGGCAAAGUAGAGAAAUGA